CAAUUUCACUCAAUUUAAAACAUAAAGUGUUUAUAAUUAAAGCAAAAGUUAGUUGAAAGAGUGUUUCAAAAAAAAAAAAAUACCAAAUUUAAUUUAACACCAAAAAAAACUUAGCGACGCUGAAUAUAUACAAAUCAAUCUGCUGAAUUAACUGCUGUAGUCAACAACUCUUCACAAUGGAAAAUAGAAAGUGCACAAAAAGUAAACUUGUUAUGUUAGUUACAAUUUUGGCCGCCAUGGCCACGAUUAUAAGUUGGCUUUUGUAUACAUUUAUCAUUCCCAAAGCCCCUUCAGAAGAUCAUCAACUAACUCCUGUUCAACAAGAAAUUGACGAAUUUACUCGUGAAUUAUAUGAUUUGGAAUUGAAACACAAUCCCUAUUUGGUUAAAGUAAAUUUUCAGGGUAAAACUAAUACCAGCUCAAAAGAUGAUGUGGCACCACUACCUCUUUUACAGGUGAAUGAAACUGCUUUAUCAUUGCCUGCAUUAAAAACUACUUUAUUAUUACGUCGUUUAUAUGAUAAUUAUGAACUGAAUACCUCUGUAAGUGAAAAUGUAACUUCUGAAGAAAGACAGGAAGAAAUGGAUUUUUUGGAAGCUGUCCUGGCUACUCAGAUCAUGAAGAAGACAAUGAAGUUUCUGGAAUCAAAAAAUGCUGUCUCUCAAAACCCCGAAUCACAUUUACAACUCUUAAAAACCCUCUGGUUCUUACCAUACUCACGCAAACCAGGCGAUAAGACUCUCAGCAGUACAGGUUUUGAACAUGUCUUCCUAAGUGAGCUACGUAAAAACACUGUACUCGGCCUACACAACUGGGUGUAUUUUAGUGAGCAAGAACGUCUGGGUCAUCUAGACUAUAAAGGCUUUAUUGAAAAGAAAACUCUAGAAGAAGGCUCCCAGUAUAUAGUCACAUUUCGUUCCCAAUUUUAUAAUAAAACUAAAGCCUACAAUGGAAUCUUUGUGGGUACUAGUCCUGAACUGGAAAUGAGUUUAUACACCGUUUGUUUUGUACUUAAAGCUGGAAAACCUUGUCACGUGCAAUUGGCUCAAUUGAAAUUUCAAAUUAUAACUUGGCCUUUGGAUUUUAAUGGCAUGAAGACUAUAGGUUCAGCAUAUGCUUCGAUUAAGGAAUGAAAAAAAGGAGGAAGUAAUUGUAUGGAAAAACUAGCACUAGAAUAAUUUAUAAUUUUUACAAAAUGUAAUAUAAAUAAACCUGAAUAAAUUGCAACAGAGAUUAUUCGAUUUUUAAUAAGUUUGCUUUAAAAAAAAACGCUAUCUUAACAUUACUGCCCCAAAUA